AUGGCAGCCCUGAAGGAGAAGAGGACCUGCGGGCAGCGGUGCCAGGACUUUGGGCGCUUCGUGUGGAACCCUGACGACCAGACCUUCAUGGGGAGAACACCGGAGAAGUGGGUGUAUAUCAGCCUGUACUACGUGGCGUUCUAUGUGGUGAUGACGUCUCUCUUCGCGCUGGCCAUCUAUGUGAUGAUGUACACGCUGUCUCCCUAUGCGCCCGACUAUCAGGAUCGAUUAUCAUCGCCAGGGGUGAUGGUAUGGCCUGAUAUGUAUGGAGAAGAUGACGUGGACAUCUCCUACAACAUGUCCAACAAGAAGAGCUGGACCAAACUGACCACCUGUCUCAACAACUUCCUGAAGCCCUAUAAUGCGACCAUGCAGGAGCAGUGUAACAGCCACCCCUGCAGCAAGGGUAAAUACUCCAUCCAGGAUGAGUUCUCCGCUCCCGACCACACCAAAUGGUCCUGCGCCUUCACACGGGAGAUGCUGGGGAACUGCUCCGGCCUGGAGGACCCGACCUUCGGCUACGCAGAGGGAAGCCCCUGUUUGAUCAUCAAGAUGAACAGAGUCAUUAGCUUUCUGCCCGGCAAUGGGUCUGGAAUGGCACCUUAUGUGAACUGCACCGUGCUGCAAGGCAGUGAGAACGUGAAACACAUGGAGUACUUCCCCAGCAAUGGCACCUUCGACCUCUCCUACUUUCCCUACUAUGGCAGGAAGGCACAGCCCACCUACGUUAACCCCCUGGUAGCGGUGAAGUUCUACAUGGUGCACAAACGGACGGCCAAGAUUCAGUGCAGGGUGGUGGCCAACAACAUCGCCUACCAGAACAUCCACGACCCAUACGAGGGCAAAGUCCUAUUUUAUCUUUCUGUGUUGUAA